AUGGGUUCUGUCAUACAGAGUAUGCUUACAGUCAUUUUAAGUGUGGAAUUAAUAAUUGGAAAUUUAGGAAAUGGAUUCAUAGCAGUGGUGAACUGCAUGGACUGGAUCAGGAGAAGAAAGAUCUCUUCAGUUGAGCAAAUCCUCAUUGCUCUGGCAAUUUCGAGAAUUGGUGUGCUCUGGUUUGCAUUGCUAAGUUGGUGGAUAUUUGUGCUUUACCCAGCUUUAUCAGUGCCUGGGAAAAUAUUUAGGAUGGUUUAUAUAUUCUUGAGAGUAUGCAAUCAUUUUGGUGCCUGGUUUGCUACAUGCCUAGGUAUCUUUUACUUUUUGAAGAUAGCCAAUUUUUCUAACUCUGUUUUUCUUUACCUAAAGUGGAGAGUUAAAAAGGUAGUUUCAGUAACAUUGCUGGUGUCCCUGGUCCUCUUGCUUAUAAAUUUGGCACUGAUGAACACAUAUAUUGAUGUCUGGAUUGAUGGAUCUAAAAGAAACACGUCUUAUAACUCCAGUUCAAGGAAUUAUGUAUCAUUUUACAAAGUUGUUUUAUUCACCAAUUCUAUGUUCAUGUUUGUACCCUUCUCUGUGUCCCUGGCAACAUUUAUUCUGCUAAUCAUCUCCUUGAGGAAACAUCUGAAGAAGAUGCAGCACAAUGCCAAAGGGUCCAGAGAUGCCAGUACCACAGCCCACGUGAAAGCCUUGCAAUCUGUGAUCGCCUUCCUGCUACUGUAUGCCACUUUCUUUCUUUCAUUUCUUCUACAAGUUUGGACUACUGAAUUGAUGGAGAAAAGUUCAAUCAUCUUGUUUUUCUGGGCAACUAAAAUUUCUUUUCCUGUAGGCCACUCCUAUAUUCUGAUUCUUGGCAAUUGUAAACUGAGACAGGCCUUUCUUUCAGUGCUGUGUUGGCUGAGGUGCAGGUCCAAAGAUGUCAGACCUGAAUCAGGUCCAUAG